AAGGGUCAAGAAACCAUUUGUUCUUUAUAUGUUGGUUACCUCCCCCUCUCGAAAGCAGGAACAGUGAAACAGAGAGAGUCUGGACAUAGCGAAGGGAAGAAGCAGAGAAGAGAAGGACCAAAAUAGAAGAUGUUCUGGUUGGAAGCUGUUCUUCCCUUGGGGAUCAUUGCCGGCAUGCUCUGUGUGAUGGGUAACGCCCAAUAUUACAUAUACAAGGCUGCCAAUGGAAGGCCAAAACACAUUGGAAAUGACAUGUGGGACGUUGCAAUGGAGAGGAGGGACAAGAAGAUCAUGGAAAUGCUUUCUGCAAAGCAAGGCCAAGAGUAAUUAAGAAGCGGGACAGAUGCUGAGAUGAAUAAAACACCAUUUUCAUGGAAAACGCACUGGAUAUUCUUGUUUUGGACAUGAUCCCAUGCUACCACCCUAUCACAAAUUUGGUUAUGUUGUUCUUCCAGUUGAGGAUUGAAAAAUCAACUCUGUCAUUGAUUGGAAGUUCUAUUCAUUCUGUUUCUCGCACAUGCGUAUUGACAUUAACCGACAGUACUUCCUGGAGAAAUGCGACAUUCUCUGUAAUGACGUUUUGUUCUGUUAACUUCUGUUGAUUGAACCAUUUAACUUCUGUUGAUUGAACCAUUGCAUAUGGUUUGCUUA